AUGGACAUGGAAAACGGUCUAAUGCUGACGACAUUAACUACCGACAAUGGUGGACAUAAUAAUGGUUCAAUCAUAAGUUUCCAUUCGAUUAACUAUACGUUAAAAUCACAACAAUGCUGCAACAUCCUGCCAAUGCCAUGUUUGAAGAAGAAACAACAGCAAAUUCUUUACGAUCUCAAUGGAAUUUUUAAACCUGGUAUGAAUGCUAUCCUCGGUCAGACGGGCAGUGGUAAAUCAUCUCUUUUGGAUAUUUUGGCUGAUCGAAAAGAUCGACGAGGUCUCAAAGGACAAGUUCUCAUGAAUGGACAACCACAAGGAUCUGAUUUCAAAUAUCGAGUCGGCUAUGUUGUUCAAGACGAUAUUCUUAGUGGCACAUUGACGGUGCGAGAAAACUUGGCAUUUUCGGCCAAUGUUCGAUUGUCUGCUAAUGUCUCGCUCAAAACCAAGAGUUCGAUCGUUGAUGAAGUAAUAAGACAAUUGAAUUUGGAAAAAUGUGCUGAUUCAAAUGUAGGAAAUGAAUUUCAGCGUGGUGUUUCGGGUGGUGAACGCAAACGAACAAAUAUCGGCAUGGAACUAGUUCUCUCGCCCAAUGUUCUCUUCUUAGAUGAACCAACAACAGGUACACAAUGCAGAAUGAUAAAUUCAUUAGGUCGAAUGUUGAAACAAGAUUGUUUUUCGAUUAGAGUCCGUCGGGUACAACAUUUUUGGACUCGGACCCGCUUGGAUUCAUCGACAGCUCGCAAUGUCAUGGAGCAUCUUUAUCAAUUAUCAAGAUCUGGUCGUACACUCAUUUUCUCGAUUCAUCAGCCUCGUUAUUCGAUAUUUAAAUUGUUUGAUACUCUUUUCGUGAUUGCCACCGGUCAUUGUAUUUAUCAUGGUCCAACCAGUGAUGUUCUACCAUUUUUCACAUCUGUUGGUUUCACUUGUGAAGAACAUGACAAUCCGGCUGAUUUCAUUCUCGAUAUAUGUCAAGGUGAUUAUCGAUCAACAUUGCCAUCAGUCGAAUACUCCAAUGAAAUCGAGCCAGAAAAACAAAAACGUCAAUUUGCUCAUGAUUUACAUAAAUUCUAUAUUCAAUCAUCGAUCUAUAUUGCAAUUAAAAAACAAAUUGAUGAUAUGAAUAUAUUAUCCAAUAGUUCACCAAUAGUUACGAUUGACACACUUCGAUUGCCGAAAAAAUCACGUCAACACGAAAUUUUCUAUGUAUCACAACGAACAUUUCGGAAUGCAUUUAGAAAUCCGGCACUUGUUGGCAUGCAAACAGCUAUGUCAAUUUUUCUAGGUGUACUUAUCGGUUUGAUCUACAUGAAUACGGAUCGUUCAUUGGAUAGUGGAUUAAAAAAUCGUAUUGGUGCUAUCUUUUUUAUUGUCACUAAUCAAGUAUUCGGCAGUUUAUCGGCACUCGAUGUCUUUAUCAAAGAACGCAGCUUAUUUCAACAUGAAAAUGCCAGUGGUUAUUAUCAUGUAUCCACUUAUUUCAUAUCGAAAUUGAUUUGUGAUAUUAUUCCAUUGCGAACCAUUCCAUCAGUUCUUUUCUCGGUGAUUGCCUAUUUUAUGAUAGGUUUUCAACAAACAGUUACAAAAUAUUUUAUCUUCUUUUUUGGAAUCUUGACAACCACAUUCUGUUCAUCAUCAUUAUGUUUUGUCAUCUCUGCCAGUGUUCAAGUAUUCGGUGUUGCGAAUGUGGUUGCAGCCAUGUUUUGCGUAUUAACAUUAGUAUUUAGUGGAUAUCUAGUCGAAAUUGAAUCUGUUGUAAUAUUCCUUUCAUGGAUCAAAUGGAUUAGCAUAUUUCGAUAUUCAACAAAUAUAUUUAGUAUUAAUGAAUUUAGUGGUUUACAACUUUGUUUGCCCAAUAGGACAGAUAUUUGUCCGAUUGAUGGUACAAAAAUUUUGAAAGAUCAAAAAAUUGAUUAUUCAUCCGAGUGGGAUUUAUGGAAAAAUUUUGUAGCAUUAGGUGGUAUUAUGUUGGGUUUUCUGAUUUUAACCUACAUUCAAUUACGUCGUAUGAAGAAAACAAAAUAA